AUGUUCCCUGAAGGAGUGCAAAGCUGCUCGUCUGUGCCAAAUAUUCCAGUCAAGACAUCACAGACGCCCAUAUCUGAUCUCGAGCCAGGCAAAUAUUCGCAUGAAGAGUCUCGAUUAAGAUGUCAACUGGCGUCACUUUAUCGUCUUGUCGAUCUGUUCCGGUGGAGUCAAGGAAUCUACAAUCACAUUACCGUAAGUGUGUACAAUGAAAACCGUAGAAGGAUGGUCAUAGGCGCGGCUGUCAAAGUUCGUCUCCUUGGAGGCGAUAAUGAGUUUCUAAUCAAUCCUUUUGGUCUAUUAUAUCACGAAAUAACGGCCGGAACUCUUGUGAAAGUGGAUCUCGACGGAAAGAUUCUUGAUCCAGGAACUACAGGUUUUGGUAUAAAUAAGGCUGGUUAUGUUCUGCACUCUGCAAUCCAUGGAGGACGUGAAGAUUUACUAUGCGUGAUUCAUCUACACGUACCAUCGGUUGUAGCUGUCUCAGCCAUGAAAUGUGGUCUACUGAAGCUUUGCCAAGAAGCGAUGAUCGUUGGAGAAGUCGCCUACCAUGACUAUCAGGGUAUUGUGGUGGAUCCAAACGAGCGCGAGUCAUUGGUGAAAGAUAUGGGCUCACACAAUGUCAUGUUACUACGAAACCAUGGAUUUGUUGCCGCAGGACGUACCAUCGAGGAAGCAUUCCAUUACGCAUACCACUUAAUUCUUGCUUGUGAAACUCAGGUUCGAGCGAUUAAUCCAAUUAUGGUAGGGGAAAUUUCAAUGCCUUCGGAUUAUUCCGUUCAAAAAGCGUAUAAAACUGCCAGUCACGGAGGAGGUGGCGUCAAUCUGAAAGAUGGCGCUGUUGAUAACAAAGAGUGGGGAAUCGGGGAGCUGGAAUGGCAAGCAUGGAUGAGGACUCUUGACGAAAUGGUAUGUUGUUACUAUCGACUUCCAUAG